AUGCUGUCGGAUAAACCUCCUGAAGACAAGUAUAAUGCUGUGUAUUUCGCUGUACUACUUCACGGGAUAGGCGUUUUGAUGCCAUGGAACAUGUUCAUCACGAUUGCUCCCUCUUACUAUGUGGACUAUAAAUUUUCGGCGGCGAGUGUCGAUGGUGUGGUGCAUAAGACCGAUUAUGCUCUUUAUUUUUUGGCUUUUCUUGGUCUUGCUUCGCAGAUACCGACUUUGCUACUUAAUCUGAUCAAUUUAUUCGUCCAGAUUAAAGGGGGUCUUAUACGGCGUAUUGGUUUUUCUCUUUCUGUUCUGGCGAUUAUUAUUCUGAUAACACUUAUAUUCACUCUUAUUAACACCUCUCACAUGAUUAGUGCAUUUUUCUUCAUUACGAUGAUCACAGUGGUAUUACUAAAUGCAGCUAAUGGUGUUUAUCAAGGUUCACUCUAUGGUUUAACUGCAAACUUUCCGCCUCAAUAUACCAACGCACUGAUACUGGGCAACAACAUAUGCGGUACAUUUGUAUCCGUUGUAAAUAUCAUAACACUCGUUGUUGCAAAAAAUGUAUGGAUGGCGGCGUUCUUCUAUUUCUUGAUUUCUUUGUUGACAAUUUCUGCUUGUUUUGGAUCAGUAUUCCUACUGCAAAAACUUGAGUUCUACAGAUACCAUAUGAAAAAAGCAAGAAAAAACGCUGAUGAAGAGAGUCAGCAUUUAGAAAGGAUAAACACUAUUGAUGGAAUAAUCACGGAUGGGACUGAGAUGAAUAGAAUCGUAUCAAAAACAGGUUUGAAGGCAAAACUGAAGUUAUACUUCCAUGUUUUCAAAAAGAUUUGGAUUCAGUGUUUCAAUGUGUGGUGCGUGUUUUUCGUCACAUUGACAUUGUUUCCUAUAGUAAUGGCUGAUAUCAAAUAUUACAAUGAAAACGGAGUAUAUGACUUUUUCAUACCGGAGAAGCUGUUCACUCCAGUCACAACAUAUCUUCUGUUCAAUUCCUGUGCUGUAGCUGGAUCAUUUUUGGCUGAUUUUGUGCAAUGGCCAUCACCAAAGUGGGUGAUUGUCCCGGUAAUUGCACGCAUUGCGUUUAUCCCGUUGCUGAUGUUCUGUUACUUCCGUCCUGAAUACCGAACUUGGAAUGUAUGGUUCUACAACAUAUGGAUUUACAUCAUUUUUGCAGUUAUCAUGUCCAUUACAAGUGGAUAUUUCAGCUCCGUAAUAAUGAUGUAUGUCCCAGGAUUGGUGGAACCAUCCAAGUCAACAGCCGCAGGCAUGAUAGCAACAUUCUUCCUGAUUCUUGGCAUAACAUGUGGCAUAAUGUUCACAUUUUUCGUUUCUUGGUUCAUCGAUAGCGCAGGAGCAUACAGUCCAUGA